AUGAUUCCUAGAUGCAUACUGUUCUUUCUACUAGUUUGGAUAACAGUAGCUAAUGCGGCUGCUACUCCUACAUAUAAAUACUUGAAAGAGUUAUGUCCCGAUGGAUACCUGCCAUUGACUGGUAAAGCUCAUGUGCGUACUUGUGAAGACAAUUGUCCUAUGGACUCCAAAUGUAUGCAGGGAAUUUGUUGCAUCAAGCCUCCAACGUGUCUAGACAUCAAGUUCAAAUUUUCGACCGGCUAUUCGUGUCUACCUAAAAUAAAGCAGAACUGUCCCUCGUCAAGUCAAUGUGUUCCCAGCAGUCGACUGGGCAUGAGCAUCUGUUGCUCCGAAAAAACAACAAGGAGAACUCCCGCAGCAACACUUGCCCCGAUAGCUUUAAAUGACAAUGGCGUUUGUCCAGCUGGAUACCCCGUGAUACAACGUGAGAAGAAUCAUUUGGUGUUAUGUAAAGACUGCAAAGACGGAAUUUGUGUUCCAUUCCGGAGUUCCGAUGUAUCAGUUUGUUGUCAAUCUUAUGGAGCACUGUGUGGAGCUGGAAGUCACGUGCAAAUGGAUGGCGUUCUUGCUCGUGACUGUUCUAGAAGCCCUUGUGAUAGAGGGUAUGAAUGUUCAACCACCGCAACAGGUUCUCAAGUUUGUUGUUCCUACGCACUCUGUCCAGGUGGUCGGCGAGCUCGUUCAGUAUGUGCUGGAGGCUGUAGGUUAGAUGAGAAAUGCGAAGAAAUUCAAGGUCAGAGAUGGUGCUGUCCUUUAAAUGUUCGACAAUAUCAAUGUCCUGAUAAUCGUGCCAGCAAUGGCGAGCAGUGUUCUAUCUUCAAUCCUACAUGCCCCUCAGAUCAUUCAUGUAUGGAGGCUGUCGGUGGUAAAGCAUUUAUAUGUUGUGAGAAGAAAGAAUCAGAGUUCACACUCUUCCCUACUUUACCCACAACACAAUCCAUACCUUCCAUCUUCACUCGAGAAUCAUCUGUCUCCUUAAGAAGGGUAACACCUGUACCAACUACACGAUCACCCUUGAAACGGAAGAGUGAAUUAGUUGUUAGUGGUGGAGAUGAUGAUGAAAGCGAGGAAGUAGAAGACGACGAGGAGGAACUGGAAUCUGAAGAACCCAUUUGUCCAGAUGGCACCUCACCAAUGAUUACUGAUGGUGCUUACCUGACUUGUCCAGAAGAAGGAGCACCCUGUCCACGUGCUGGUUAUAUUUGUCAGACAACUACGAACAAGGAACUAUACUGCUGUCCUCUGGAUGUUGAUAAUUGGCUUGUUACAACUACAAAAGCUACAACCCCCAAAUCGAACAAGAAGAUUCCUAAAAAAGGGUCACCAUUAUCAUUAGGGCCGAAAACAAAGCCAAUUGUACCAAUGCCAAUUGAAUCUGAUCCUCCGACAUGUUGGUUUGGACACUUGGCUGCUCGGUAUGAGCACAAUAAUGAAAUCAGAAGAUGUUCAGGUUUCUUAGACAUCUCGUGUCCAUUCGGUUACAAAUGCCUGCCAUCGUCCGGUACACCAGGGUUUCUCUGUUGCAAAGCAUAA